CGAUCCAACAGCCUGCAAAGCCUCUUCAACACUCAAACAUUGUUUUUUUCAUGUGCACUUCAGCACUCAAACUAGCUUUUGUUUUUGUGAGCUGCUCUUCAACACUCAAACUCAUUAACCAUAUCUUCCAUAAACUUGUCCAUAUCCUGAACACCCUUCAGAGUGAUUAAAAACAGUACUAAUCCCCAAUUCGUCACCACAAACGUCAUAUCCCCUGGCCUUAUACUUUACAUGUGCAUUAUAAGUCCCAGCAUUGCACACUAGUACUGAAUCCCCAAACUCCAGUACCCAGAAAAGAAAAAAGAAAUGGACGACUGUGUUCGACUCCUGCUGGUAACGUUUCCGAUCCAAGGCCAGAUCAAUCCCAGCCUCCAAUUCGCCAAGCGCCUUGUCAAGAUGGGCGUCAACGUCACAUUCGUAACCGCCUUUUCCGCACUUAAUCGCAUAACCAAAUCUGCCUCCGCUACUCCACAAGGCUUAACCUUUUCCGGGUUCUCCGACGGCUACGAUGAUGGGUCGAAACUACGGGAUCCCGCGGGGAUUGAGGUACAGAAUAGUGGGUCGAAAGCCGUAGCGGAACUCAUCAAAUCAGAGGCCGAACAAGGCCGGCCUUUUGUUCAUGUGGUCUACACCUCAUUUCUCCCUUGGGCAGGCCGAGUUGCGCGCGCCCUUCACGUGUCAUCCACUUUCCUUUGGAUUCAGCCAGCCACCAUCCUGGGUAUAUACUACUAUUACUUUAAUGGUUAUCGCGAUGCCAUUCGGAACAGUAACAGUAACCCCACAUCGGCAGUUGAAUUACCGGGACUGCCGUUGCUCAGUGGCAACGACCUUCCCCCUAUUCUAGUUGAUUCAAGCGCUUUCGAUUGGUGGGCUCUUCCAUUACUGGAAGAGCACGUAGGUAUACUUGAUGGAGAAACGAACCCCAAAGUACUUGUGAACACCUUUGAUGCUUUGGAGUCUGGGGCCCUGAGAGCAGUCGAGAAGCUAAACUUGGUUGCUGUUGGGCCAUUGAUCCCGUCGGCUUUCUUGGAUGGAAAGGAUCCGUCAGAUACUUCUGUCAGGGGAGAUCUAUUUCAAUAUUCAAAAGCCUAUAUCGAAUGGCUGAAUACAAACUGCAGCGAAUCUGUAAUUUACAUAGCGUUUGGAAGCAUUUCUGCUGUAGCGAAGGAACAACUGGAGGAGAUUGCACACGGGUUGCUUGAAUGUGGAAGGCCGUUUUUAUGGGUGGUAAGAGCAUCGGAAGAAGAGAAGCUAAGUUGUAAAGAGCAAUUGGAAAAACAAGGAAUGAUAGUGCCGUGGUGUUCUCAAGUAGAGGUUUUGUCACACCCGUCGGUUGGGUGUUUCAUGUCUCAUUGCGGGUGGAAUUCUUCUUUGGAGAGCUUGGUUUCCGGAGUUCCAGUGGUGGCUUUUCCAAAAUCGUUAGACCAAGUGACGAACGGAAAACUUAUUGAGGAUGUUUGGAAGACCGGGAUAAGAGUGAGGAUAAAUGGGGAAGGAAUUGUCGACAGUGGUGAGAUUAAGAAGUGCAUAGAAGUGGUGAUGGGAGGAAACGAAAUGAGAAGCAAUGCUAAAAAGUGGAAGGAUUUGGGAAGGAAAGCUGGAGAGAAAGGUGGAUCAUCGGACAAAAAUCUUAAAACUUUUGUUGAGGAGAUCCGGGCUACUUUGGUUGAAUAAACAAUGUUUUUUCGAUGAGCUUUGUACAACAUUGCUUAUUCUAUAAAACUAGCCCAGAUUUCCUCAACAAAAGUUUUAAGAUUUUUGUCCGAUGAUCUACCUUUCUCCAAACAAGCCCAGAUCCCCUCAACAAAAGUUUUAAGAUUUUGUCUGAUGUUCUACCUUUCUCUCCAUCUUUUCGUAGAAUAAGCAAUGUCGUACAAAGCUAAUCGAAAAAUAAGUACUAUAUGUCCUGUCAGCAAUAAGUGGUAUAUACUUUGGCUAUUCCUGUGCAAGAGAGUUUCAAGCUUUAAGAUUUCUAGAGUCAUCCUUGUCAGGAAAACACCAACCAGAAAUAAAACCCCGUUAAAAAUGAGUAGUGCUUGGCAGGAAAAUGUGAACAACUGAAAGCAGAAAAUAAGAAGUUUCCUACAAAUGUCUCCUCCAAAGCCAUUUAAUUCAACAUGUGAAAAGACAUUUUGUCGAACACAUUUGGAGCGUUUUUUUUUUUGCUGUUUCUUAGAGUAUCUAUUGGCUUCCAAUAGAGUGCAUAGCGCAACAAGAAGAGGCGCACGACGAAGAAAGAUAACCAUUUUCUCUGCGACCAAACGCAAAGCUCCGGCAACUCCAGCGAAGAAAGUUCAGCAAUGGUCAGCCAUCUCAACGACUUCGGCAACGGUCAGCCAACCGUGACGAAUUAAGCUCAGUAGUUCCAACCUACUAGCUUCAAAAGAAUAGAAACCUCUAUUCUUUUUGAGAGUCUAUAGCACUUCAGAUGUGUCGUUUUUUGAAUUACAAUAAGUCGUUGGGACCCAUUUUAUAGCAAGUUGUACGUUUAUCAGUGUUCAUCUAUCUUAUAGUUAAAAUCAUAAUUCAAUUAUUUCUUCUGAUAAGCAAAUAGGAAAAA